UAUAUAUCGGAAGACAGUAUCUCGGAGAGAGAGCUUUAGAUCGGGAAAAAUGGCGUUGCUCGUUGAGAAGACGUCGAGUGGUCGUGAGUACAAGGUCAAGGACAUGUCUCAGGCCGACUUCGGCCGUCUCGAGAUCGAGCUCGCGGAGGUGGAGAUGCCUGGUCUCAUGGCGUGUCGUACCGAGUUCGGACCGUCGCAGCCGUUCAAGGGUGCGAAGAUCACCGGAUCUCUCCACAUGACGAUCCAGACCGCUGUUCUCAUCGAAACCCUGACCGCUCUCGGAGCCGAGGUCAGAUGGUGCUCCUGCAACAUCUUCUCCACUCAGGACCACGCCGCUGCCGCCAUCGCUCGUGACUCCGCCGCCGUCUUCGCCUGGAAAGGUGAGACCCUCCAGGAGUACUGGUGGUGCACGGAGAGGGCUCUCGAUUGGGGUCCCGGUGGUGGUCCCGACCUCAUCGUCGAUGACGGUGGUGACGCCACUCUCUUGAUCCACGAGGGUGUUAAGGCCGAGGAGAUCUAUGAGAAGACCGGUCAGGUCCCGGAUCCUUCGUCCACCGACAACCCUGAGUUCCAGAUCGUGUUGCAGAUCAUCAAGGACGGCCUUCCGGUCGAUCCGAAGAAGUACCACAAGAUGAAGGAGAGAUUGGUGGGUGUCUCUGAGGAGACCACCACUGGUGUCAAGAGGCUCUACCAGAUGCAGGUCAAUGGAACUCUCUUGUUCCCCGCCAUUAACGUUAAUGACUCCGUCACCAAGAGCAAGUUCGACAACUUGUACGGAUGCCGCCACUCUCUCCCCGAUGGUCUGAUGAGGGCAACCGACGUCAUGAUCGCCGGAAAGGUCGGGGUUGUCUGUGGUUACGGAGAUGUCGGAAAGGGAUGUGCUCUGGCCCUGAAGGCUGCCGGUGCCCGUGUCAUCGUCACCGAGAUCGAUCCCAUCUGUGCCCUCCAGGCUCUCAUGGAAGGUUUCCAGAUUCUAACCCUCGAGGACGUUGUGUCCGAGGCCGACAUCUUCGUCACCACGACAGGAAACAAGGACAUCAUCAUGGUCGACCACAUGAGGAAGAUGAAGAACAACGCCAUCGUCUGCAACAUCGGUCACUUCGACAACGAGAUCGACAUGCACGGCCUCGAGACCUUCCCCGGCGUGAAACGCAUCACGAUCAAGCCUCAAACCGACAGGUGGGUCUUCCCCGAUACCAAGACCGGGAUCAUAGUCCUUGCAGAGGGCCGGCUCAUGAACCUGGGCUGCGCCACUGGUCACCCGAGCUUCGUGAUGUCUUGCUCGUUCACCAACCAGGUGAUCGCACAGCUCGAGCUGUGGAAGGAGAAGGCGACAGGCAAGUACGAGAAGAAGGUGUACGUCCUUCCGAAACACUUGGACGAGAAGGUGGCGGCCCUUCACCUGGGCAAGCUCGGGGCGAGGCUGACAAAGCUCAGCAAGGACCAAUCCGAUUACAUCAGUGUCCCCAUCGAGGGUCCGUACAAGCCGCCUCAUUACAGGUACUGAGGGAGGGAACGAGGAAAGAAAGGGGUGGUUACCGGAAUUGAGGAUGGAUGUUUUUUCUUGAUUAGGGUUUGUGUGUGUCGAAGAGGGAAACUGUAUGGUCUUUUUACUGAUGAAUUAAGACCAGAGUAUUUGGGGGUAUGAAAUAAGGUUUUUUCUUUUUUUUUUUGGGAGUUCGAAGGCUGUCUCUGGUCUCAUGCCAUCCGCAUCUUCUUCCUUUUCCAUUUUCUUUUUUGUUGUUUUGGAUUUUUCUUGUCUUUUUGGUUAGUGUCAAAGGCCGAGAAUUGAAAAAGAAAUUGUUGGGUUAUUUCCUUUUUUGUAAGCUCUUUCCUGUGAAAGCUUAUUUCAUUGGAAAUUA